AUGUUUGCAGUAAACGUGGUGACCGCUAUCGACGGAGCUACACUACUUAUGCUUAACUCUUACUCCUUUUCAAACCCCUCUCCGACCCCGGGAGGGGAACGCUGGUACUGUUCAGGCAGGAUACCUUGGAAAUGUUGUGUGUGUUUGCAUGUCAAUGACGAUUAUGAAUUUGUCUCGAUUUCUGGUGAGCAUUGUCACCUUCCGCCGGCUUACGAGAUCACUUCAGGUGUUAUUUUAGUCACAAUGACUUCCGGCAACAAAAUCCUUAUAAUAAAUGGGCACACCUUCAGAAAAGAAAUAAGCGUCAACGGUGCUACAAGCAGAUGGUGUUGUAACGAACCAACGACCAAGGAGUGGGAGGAAACGAGGAAGAAAUAUUCCGUUUAUCUGGAGGCAGAAGACGACGUGAUACUGUUCCUCGAAACGCAAAAUGGGAGGACUAUAAUGCAAUAUGGCGGCUAUCAGUAUAACAAAGCGCAUAAGACAAAAUUAGGGGAGAGGUGGAACUGUACCAUAAGCACCUGUUCAGGCCAUGUCGUUCUUAAUGAGGAUAAUGAGAUUAUUACAGACACUAUUGAUCAUGACCACAGACCGCUAUGUUCCGAGCCCAUUAGUAAGAACAAUUCAGAGGAUAAUGAUUCGGCACUAGUAAUAACAUCGAGAAAAGGCAAAGAAAUGCUACUAUACCGAAAUUUCACCUAUCGUAAACAAUACGACAAAGGCAAUAAAUCGAGGUGGGUGUGCUCAACGCAGAAGAACUGUAAGGCAGUGGUCUUCACGGAUUCUAAUAACGUGUUAGUUUCGGUUCACCAGAAACAUCAUCACGACCCGCCGAAGUACUAUCUUAAUCCUAACCACGUUCUGGAUGCCUUAAGAGAGCCAUUGGUACUAGAAUCUGAUUAG